AUGGAUGUAGCUAGUUCAUCAAACGUGAAGUCUUCUCAAGGAAAACCUGGGGAAACAGAAGGAAGAAAUGCAGAUUGUGAAAGUUAUCUUGAUUUCGAACUCCCCUAUACUCCUGAGGAGCAUGCUGCCAAUACCUUCAAGUAUAUCACUAGUGCGGUGAGUCCUUUGUUGACUGUGUUGAUAUUUUAUUUAGCGAUAGCAUCUUUAACGAGUCGCCAUUACAUUUUGUUUUAGAA